CAUCCCAGGGGUGACAUGAACCUGCUGUAUCGCAAGAGCCGAAUGGACUGGAGACAUGGAGACCAGGAGGGCAGUAAAAAGAGCUCCAGUCAUAAGGACACAUCCUCAGCCACGGUUGGGAAAGUUCGUGACUUGGCAUCAUUUCGGCGGCAUUUCCGGAUGGGUUUUAUGACCAUGCCCGUGUCGCAGGACCUCUCUCCGCACUCAUGUGCUACGGCCAUGGCUCCGCGUUCCCAGUCCUGCCACGCCGUGGGCACCGGGGAGGGUGGAAGUCUGGAGAACGGAGACUACCCAGACUCCGACCCCCAGAAUCCUCCCCACGCUUCCAGUCGCUGCCCCCCUGCCAAACCCAAACGCCACCCCAGCACUAAGCUCAGCUCCAACGCCCAACAGGAACACCCACCCAGGAGCAUCCACGCCCCCCCGGACACUCCGCCACCGCCUCCGCCAACUCAGCACCCACCCAGCAAACACGCCGAGAAGAAGAAUGCAAUGAAAAAGUCUGAUUCAGGUGAUAUGUCGGGGAGGAAGGUUCCUCCUCUAAAGCCCAAACGCAGUCCAAGCACGCAGCUGUCUUUUGACCCUCCCCCGCCCCGGGUCCCGCCCCCAGCCACGCCCUCACCCUUCCAGAGCUCUGAGCCUGCCCCUCAGGGGGAGGAGGGCGAUGAUGAGCCAGUGUACAUCGAGAUGGUGGGCCAGGUUUUUACUCGGGAGACGCCCAGUGCCCCCACACCCCACCCCGUCACUCCGUCAGCCACCACCCCUGACUCAGACUCUGACCAGGGUGAGGCCAUUUACGAAGAGAUGAAAUACCCGUUACUUGAGGACCGCGACGCCCACCGACGACUGCCACUGAAACAGGACCGUCUCAAAUCUGCCAAAGCCUUUCACUCCUCCUCCGUCACUUCCCCGUCUCCUUCCGCCUCCUCCCCUCUCCCACGCCCUUCCUCCUCUUCUCCGUCCUGCUCCUCCAAACCCAAAACUGCCAUCUCUAUCUCUCACUCCUCGCCUCUCCCCUCCUCCUCAGCCUCCUCUACCCCGAUCCCUCAGCCGCUCUCCUCCAGUCCCCACCCACCUCGUGCUCCGACUCCAUUCCUCCUCCCUGGAGCUAAAUUGGAGUCUGAGUCCAGCAGUAAGAUCCCAGCUCCCUUCCCCAAUCUGCUCCAACACAAGCCCCCACUCCUGGCCUUCCCCCAGCCUGCUGCAGCCUCCAGCGGAGUGGGGGUCCAACACAAGACCUCAGCCAAACUGGGCACCAUCAGCAAUCAGACCUCCUCGACUUCUGCUACCAGUACCACCUCCACCACCUCCUCCUCCGCUUCCAUGACUGGCUCUAAGGAGUCGUCUGCAGGUGGAGGGGGAGGCUCCCAAGAGAAGGAGAAGGAGAGAAGGGAGGGACAGCUGGGGCCAGCACCUGGAUUAAGAGCCAGGAGUCACUCCACUCCUUUGCCUCCAUCCUCUAAAUCAUCCUCCCCUUAUUCGCACCAUCAUCAUCACCACCACCCACAUCACCGACCUUCACACUAUCACCACUACCGCAAGCCCGAAAAAGAGGCCAACGCCAAAACCUCCACCCAAACUCAGACCCAGGGCAAAGAGGGCAAGAGCGUGAGCUUCCUGCUCAAGUCUGACAAAGCAGAGAGAGAGCGAGAGAGAGAGAGAGAAAGAGAACGAGAACGAGAGCGAGAGAGGGAUGUAAGCACGCCGUCCUCCAGCCAGUCUGAAAUGCCCAUCUCCACCGGCACCAACACACACACUCACACACAGACCUCUCAGAGUGGCUCUAGCACCACUCCGACAUCAUCUUCCUCUUCCUCAACACCCACUUCCUCUUCCUCCACCUCCUUAUCCCAGCGGCCACACUCUCGCCCUCACAUGCAUCGUUCACACACUCCUCACGGCCUCUCACUGGGCCUGCCUGCCUAUAAGCCUCCUCCUGCAGACAGCCCCCUGCUCUGGACAUACCCCUCCGUGGGAUUUCGGAGACCCCCGGCUUACGACAGCCUGAGGGGUGGCUCCCAACUCCCCUCCUUGCACCCGGAACCCGGCGUUAAAAACUCAACUGUCGCCCAAGCUCUUCAGAGUAAGGGUGGAUUUGUACCAUGGGACAGCAGCAGUGGGCUGGGCCUCGCAGACGAAGCUCCCUAUUGGCCGAUGCACAGGAAGCUGUCAUUUAGUCACAGCGGGCGGGACACUGAGAAGGAGGAUGGGCGUGUGUGGAAUGGCAGCACUGAUACACUCUUAAAGAAAGAGAAGGAUGAGGUUGGCACAGGGCUGCGUGGUGGGCACUCAGGCAUCCCCGUGCGUCCAGGGGGCAGACUGGGGCACAGUGAGAGCCUGGCUGGGGCAGACGGCCCGCCGGGGUUCAGAGUGUUCCCCCGAGGGGCGCUACCGUUACCCUGCCAAACUUUCCCUGCCUGUCGCAAUGGAGAGUUGGGUCGACUGGGCAGGUCUUCAUCCACCUCUGGGGUGCGACAGGCAGGUGGAGGAGAGGUGGCGAGACAGAGCAGCCUGCCUGUCCGAGAGGCCCUGAGUCAGUUCCACGCCCACUCUCAGGCACAGACUCCCUGUAGUCCGUCUCUCUCCCGCCAGCAGCAGCAGCAGCAGCUACAGCAGCAGCUACAACAGCACCACCUGCACCUGCAGUUCCAGCACCUGGCACAGCUGGCGCAGGGACAGUCACCCAUCACAGCGGGAACCUCCUCCACCACCUCCGCCACCCACACGCAACGCGACGGGAAGCUGCUGGAAGUCAUAGAGAGGAAACGCUGUCUGUGUAAGGAGAUCAAGGCCCAUCGGAGACCAGACAAAAGUCUGUGCAAGCAGGACAGCAUGCCCAUUUUACCCAGCUGGAGACGAACACCAGAACCACGCAAAACCGGGACCCCACAGACUGUGGUCUGGGACACUGCCAUCUGA